AUGUUUAGAACAAUACUUAGAACCAAACCGGUGAGAUAUGUGCCUGCACUAGCCGUGUCGGCUUAUGCAAUCCAUUACCAAUUGCAGCAAUUUCAUCAUCAACAGCAACAUAUCAUUAAUUUAGAUUCGCAACAAGACAGCAAUGCCGUUGUGGGUAUUGCUGGCCUGGAAGUGCGUAAGCCAUUUGCUACAUACACCGAUCAGAUCGACGUUGAUAAUUCUAUAUCGUCUUUCCCCACCGUGAUCUCCAAAGCUGAGUAUUCUUCAGAGCCAUUUGAAUUGGUGGGGCACGGUGUUCGGUCAGUGACGUUUAUUGGGUUUAAAGUGUAUGGAAUUGGCAUUUAUAUUGCUCAGCAAGAUAUACCUAAGACCAUCAAGAUUUUAAAAGAUUUCUCCAUCAAUAACCCAGUAUUGCCUGAUGAUGACAGUUUAGUUGGAGUAGCCAAGGCCAUCAUCGAUAACCCAUCAGAAUCCGACCAAGUUGCCUAUGACAUGUUGGAUAACGGAGUCCGGUUCUUGGCUAGGUUAUCACCAGUAAGAAACACUGAUUUCAACCAUAUGAAGGAUGGAUUAAUCAAAAGUAUCUUGUCGGGCCAUCAAGAUAAAGAUACAAAGCAACAAUUGAAUGAAGGAUUGGAUGAGUUGCGUCAAAUUUUCACAAAAGUUAGAGGAUCAGUACCCAAGAAUGAUAUAUUGGUAUUGGAGAUGUUGCACAAUGGCGGGUUGGGGUUGAGUUAUGUCAAUCAAAAGCUGGGUGAAGUGAAGCCAAUGGGAAUUGUGACGAACCCAUUGAUUGGUAAGACUUUGAUGUGGAAAUACCUUAGUUCGACUAAACCUUUGAGUGAAUCUUUGAGAGAAAGCUGUACUACUGGAUUUGGAGCAAUUUUGGACCAUUAUGGAAGUGGGAAAAGAUAA